AUGGCGCAAGAUCGAUGGGACUUCGCCAUUAUUGUCGCGUCUCCAGCUCGUCCGACCGUGUUGGUUAUCGAGGCUGGCGGUGACAAUGCUGAUAUUGACGGUCGAGUUGACGGAUUCAAGUAUGUCCAGCAAGCUAACCCCGACAAGAACUGGCAGGAUACAACUGUUCCUCAGAAGCACUUGAAUGGCCGGACGCUGUCACUUGCUCGAGGCAGGGGAUUAGGUGGUGGUUCUGCAAUUAAUUUCUCGAGUUGGGUCAUUGGACCCAGAGACGACUAUGACCACAUCGCGAAGCUUGUGCAGGAUGAUGGGUGGAAAUGGGACAAGGUCAAAACCAGGUACAAACAGCUGGAGAAAUAUCACCCGACGGGGAUCUACAAGCACCGGUUGAAAGCUCGAUGCGAAGACCAUGGCUACGAGGGCGAUCUGCAGGUUGGCUUUCCGGAGACAGUCGAGGCAGAACUCUAUGAUCUUGUCGACGCCGCUGUCGACGCUGGCAUCCCAAUAUGUGCUGAUCAGAAUUCGGGCGAACCAAUUGGCAUUGCGAUAUCAGCUUCUACUGCGCGCAAAGGCCGCCGUGUCAUGGCCAGCGAUCUAUUAGAGCCAAAGCCGGAGAACCUGACGAUCUGGACCAAGACCACGGUGUCGCAGAUCAUAUUCGACGGAUCCAGGGCGAAUGGCGUCCUCCUGUCAGACGGACGAGAGAUAUUCGUCAGGAAAGAGGUGAUACUCUGCGCAGGCCCGCUGGCUGACCCAAAGAUACUGAUGCAUUCCGGCAUUGGACCAAAAGAGACGAUGCAACGAUUUCAAAUCCCUGUUGUUCAGUUGAAUGAAAACGUCGGCCAGCACCUCAACGAUCAUCAAUUGGCCGUCUUCAGCUGGGCACGAUCCGAUACCUCCUCGGAACGUCUAGCAUGGUUCAGAGACUCCCAGCGGCGAGCGGCAGCCCGCAAGCAGUGGGAGGAAGAGGAUGGGACUGGACCGCUCGCACACGUUGGGACUAGCAUUGCAUUGGCAUAUCCCAAACUCGACCGCAUCAUAGAAUCAGACGAGUUCGCAGCUCUCGACAAGGAGACGCAAGCGUUGCUAAAGCUGGAGACAGUACCACACUGGGAGUUUGCCCUAGGAGUGCCUUCUCUGGAAUACCACUUCGACCCGGCCAAUGCGUCGACGAUGCUCUCAAUCUUCACCUUUCUCUUGAACGAACAAUCCAAAGGAAGCGUCACAAUCAGAUCAGCCGAUCCCAAUGACGCGGUAGUCGUGGACUGCAACUUCUUCUCCCAUCCAUUCGAUCGGAGAAUGGCGAUCGAGGUCACUAGGGACCUCCUGGGUCUUGUGCGUAGUCCAGGCUUCGCUAAAGACACGGUCGGCGACAUAGCGGUGCCGAGAUCCGAAAGCGAUGAGGAUGUCCUGGAUUUCUGGAGGAGCCAUUCUUUCUCUGGGUCACAUAUGAUGGGCACGUGCACGAUGGGUAUUGCUGAGAAGAGCGCGGUCGUCGACAAGGACUUCCGUGUAUUUGGUGUCGAGAAGUUAAGGGUAUGCUCGACAAGUGUACUGCCGCUCCUUCCGAAUUGCCAUCUACAAUCGACGUCAUACCUGGUGGGACUGAUGCUGAGCGACAAGCUGAUUUCACACCAUAGCUUGGGACAAGCGUAG